AUACAACCGGGUCGGGUCACACUCACACUCACACCCACACCCCAAACCUCCCCUACAUAAACCCCUAUACACAAUCCACCCCAAACCCUCAUAUCCCCUUGCCAAAAACCUUAUCCUCUUUCAAACCCACAACCCAAAAUGGCUUCUUCAACAACAUCAUCUCUUCAAUUCCUAACCCUAGCUUCCUCUAAAACCCUAUCUUCCAUCUCUAACACCCCAACGCCCACUUCUCUGUUCUUCUCCCCUGCUUCCCUGAAGCCAUUCCCAAAGCUUUUAUCUUCAAACAAGCUCUUUGAACCCACCCCAUCUUCUAGAAUCAUCCGUACUGUUGCUGUUUCUACUGGGUUGGAGGUCGAUGAAGAGUUGUCUAGCGAUGGUGAUGAUGAACAGGAACAGAGCUUCUCCCCUGAUCUCAAGAUUUUUGUGGGGAAUUUGCCGUUUAGUGUUGAUAGUGCUGCGCUUGCUGGCUUGUUUGAGAGUGCUGGAAAUGUUGAGAUGGUUGAGGUUAUAUACGACAAAGUUAGUGGAAGAAGCCGAGGUUUUGGCUUUGUCACAAUGUCAUCCGUCGAAGAAGUCGAGGAAGCUGUUCGUAAAUUCAACGGCUACGAGCUUGACGGGAGAGCACUGCGGGUGAAUUCAGGUCCUCCACCGCCACGUAGGGAGGAAUCGUCGUUCGGUGGGCAGCGAGAAGGUCGUGGUGGCGGUGGGAGAAGUUUCGACAACACGAACCGGGUUUACGUCGGAAACCUAGCUUGGAGCGUCGAUAAUCUCGCUCUUGAAACCUUGUUUAGAGAGCAAGGAAAUGUUUUGGACGCUAAGGUGGUUUACGAUAGGGAGAGUGGUAGGUCUAGGGGAUUCGGGUUUGUCACUUACAGUUCUGCCGAUGAAGUCAACAGCGCGAUCGACUCAUUAAACGGCGUUGAUCUUGAUGGUAGAAAUAUCCGAGUUAGCGUUGCUGAAGCGCCACAAAGGCGUCAGUUUUAAACAGUUAAAAGGUGCAGCAUGUUACAAUUUAAAGAGGAAAUGAUGCUUAUUGUGAAGCUGUGACUAUUUUUUUAUGUAACUUAAGGAUUAGCAGGGCUCAUAAGUGUCAUUAAGUUUUGUAAUGAAUGCUUUUAAACUAUAUACUGAUUUGUAAUCGAUCAUUUUGGUGUAUGCGAAUUGCAUCCGGUUGGAUCUUUUGUGGGAAGAAUGUUAUGAUGCUUUUAACAAUGCAUUUGAUACCUAUGUUUGGCAACAGAUCGAAUCGAAUUGCAAUCA